AUGCCGGAGACACAAAGACAACAUUACGAAACUUCACCAGAUCGUAUGGUAGGUAAAUAUUCAGCUAUAAAUGGGGGAUCGAAGCCGCCGAAUUUCUUGCAAAAGCUGUACGACUUCCUGUCGCUUGAACCUCAUCCCUGUCCCGAUAUCAUCUACUGGGCAUCAGAUUCGAAGCAGUUGGUCAUCGCUCAACCAGAUAGACUCGCCAAAGAAGUCUUACCGAAAUUAUUCAAACAUGACAAGAUAGCUUCAUUCGGACGUCAGCUAAAUAUAUAUGGCUUCUCUCGUCUUUUCCCAGGAAGGCAAUUCAAGGAUUCCCAAGGGAAUAUAUCAGAUGCGAGUGUCUGGGCCCACCCCACACUCAACCGGUUAUCGACCCCUUCCGAGCUUCUUUCGAUCAAACGACGUGCUCCACCUAAGCUCAUCCGUACUCGACGACUAGCCAACGGUGAGAUAAUCAGGACGAAAGCCGGUCCAGGCGUUAUUGAAAAAGCCCGUCAGAUCAAAGAGGCAAUGAGCAUUUCCAAGAAUCGAGAAAGGUCUUCAUCAUCCUCACUUUGGAAUAAACAAAGUCAACCUCAAUCUCAAGGUCAUGAUGAUCAUGGUGAAAAUAUGAAUACGACUGAUCAAUCGAAUAUGAAUAUUAACCAUCAUGGGGUGAAAAGGAAUAUCACAUUAUUAUCUGACAUAACAGAAUAUUCUGAAAAUGACACUACUGGUAUUCCGAACGAUAACGGUAUUCAGAGUUCUGCUGAUACUACUACCACAAGCGGAUCAAUUUGGCCACACGUCGAUAUGAAUGGUUCAUCCAUCCAAUCGCCAGCCAGAGAAACCAGUUCAUUGCAUUCACAGAAACCUCUACCUAACCAUUUAUUGAUACUAGGUGAAAGACCAUAUUCUUCAUGUCCAGCUUCGAUCCAUACUUCUCCAACUCAUCGUCAUACUUCAUUACCUUUUGAAUCGACUUAUAGUCCUAGUCAGUUCAAUACAUUGACAUCUUCCAUCAACUCAUGUUCAGAUCCAGGACCUGUACCCGAUCUGAUGAUGAAGACCUACAAGCCUAACUUGACAAUUGAUACGAAUGCUGCUGCUUAUUAUGGAUAUACCAAUUCGCCAUUGAAUACUAAUGAAGCUUAUGGCCAACUUCAGUACCCAGCUCAACCAACUGCUAAUCUACCACCUAGGAUUGCCGCACCCGCUGCUCCCAUUCCACCUCAUCUGCUUCAGAAUAGGACAAGACAAAAUCAAUUUCAAGCUCAUGAUCAACAUCAAUCUCCAAAUUUCAGUAUCAAUACCAUGCCCCUGUCUGGAAUUACAUCAAGUGUGAUGCUCGAAAAUCAUAAUGUUGGGAUAUCAGACGAUACUCAUAACGAACUUCUAUCAAGUUGGGAUAAGAUGCAGUACACGUGGCCCAAGACCUGUCAACCUCAACCUCAACCUCAACCUAUGAUCAAACCGAUGAUCAUAGGUAAUGGGAAUGGGACGAUCGAUCCAAGAUGGGUAAGUCCAGUAGGCAGUGAAUGGUCUACACCAAGUAUAACGAGGCUAUCAUCACCUUCAAAUUUAUCUUUAUCAUUGUCGUUCAAUGGGGGGUUAAGUAGUAGGAAUAAAUCGAACGAGACUUCAAUUCCGAUCCAAUCUUAUCCUCAAACAGAUCUGAAAGAAGAUAAAGAGGAGAAAGAUGAAGAAGGGAAAUCAAUUCCUCCUUUUGAUAACGGUAUGAAGUGGUUUGAAUGA